AUGGCUUAUUUUGGUUACAUGGAGGCAAUAGAUACAUGGCAGUUGAGGACUGUGGUGGAUCGACACACAUGUAGUAGGGAGCAUAAGUUGGGCCUAUUCAAUGCAAAAUGGCUAAGUAAAAUAUUGGAAAAAACAUUAAAAAAGAAUCCUAAUGUUAAGGGAGUUGACAUUAGAGAUAAAAUAAGUAGGAAAUGGAACAUAGAAAUAAGUAAAAAUAUAGCUUACAGAGCGAAAGCCUAUGCUUCAGACGAAGUGGAAGGGUCCUUCACUAUGCCAAUCAUUGGCCUUGAUGGAGCCUUUUUCAAAGGUAGACAUCGUGGUGAGUUGUUAACUGCUGUUGCUCGAGAUGCAAACAAUCAAAUGAUGCCACUAACAUAUGCCAUAGUAGAGGUCGAGAACAAUGAGACUUGGACAUGGUUUAUCGAGCUACUCAUUGAAGACCUAGGUGGACCUAAGUUGUGUUCUUCACUAACAUUGAUAUCAGAUCAAUUGAAGGGGCUCUUACCAAUUGUACAAGAUCUAGUUCCUGGAAUUACACACAAAUUUUGUGUAAGGCAUUUAUAUGCCAAUUUCAAGAAGAAAUUCCCUGGAAAGAUUAUUAAGAAGCUUAUGUGGAGGGCAUCAAUGGCAACCCACCCACAAAAAUGGGAGAAUGAGAUGAGAAGUAUAAAAGAGGUCAACGAAGACGUGUUUUGUCACUUGAUAGUUAUUCCUCCAAGAUCAAGGUUCAAUGGCAUAGCUCAAUGUGAUACCUUGACAAAUAACAUGUCAGGAGCCUUUAAUAGUGCUUUGGUUCACACGAGGACAAAACCAAUUAUUACAAUGUUGGAGGAAAUCAGACUAUACAUCAUGAAGAGAUGGGUCACUAAUAGGUCAAGGUUGCUCUACAUUACUAAUGUUCAUAGCUGGUCUGCACAUAAGCUAUUUGAAGUCAUACAUGUGUCCCAAACUGGGGACAAGUAUGUGGUGAACAUAGAUGAAUAUUCAUGUUCCUGUAGAAAAUGGAGCAUCAGUGGAAUACCUUGUGUUCAUGCAUUGGCAGCAAUGAGGUUUCUCAACCUCAAUGAAGAGGACUACGUACCUGUAUGCUUUCUCACUUCAAUGUAUGAAGAAAUAUACUCCUCUAUUAUCUAUCCUAUUAAUGGAAACAACCUGUGGGUCAGAACAAAACACGUUGUCCCAAGAGAAACGAACAAGAUGUUUUGUAGUCACAAGGAGAAGAACCCACUUCAUUGGCUUAGGGUGCAGCACAUGGAGAAGAACCAUCAUCAGAGUUGA